GUGGUCGGAGACCUGAUGCUGAGGAUUCACCGCAUCCCAGACUUCACCUCCAAACUGCUGCUCGUCAGGAAGAGAUUAUUAGGCCUGGAGCCGGAGGGCAUCACCAUCGACCACACCACGCUGCUGGAAGGCGUGAUCGUGCUGGAGGAGUUCUGCAAAGAGCUGGCAGCCAUCGCCUUCGUCAAGUACCACGCCACAGCCUCCACCUCACCGUGAAGUUAUUUUUAUUUUAUUUUUCCUCCCGCUGCUCGACCGUCUGCCUCAGCUGGGCCGUCGGGUCGGGUCGGGUCGGGUCGGGUCGGGAUGGGACGAAUGAACCUUUCUGGGUUCUCGGUGGCACAGGGUUGGUAAAACAUCCCCACUCAUGGUUCUCCCCCACCCCCCACAUGACUGUUAACACCCACACGGAGGGGCUUCAUCGCUCCUCUUCCUCGUUCCUAAGAAGGGUUCCUCUUUGGAAAGUUUUUGAUCUUGUUUUUUUUUCAAGCUCAGACACUUUCCAGCCUGCAGAGAGGUGUUCACUGGACUCUGCAGUUUUUCACUGCCCCCCUUUUCUCUCUGUGUGUGUGUGUGUGUGUGUGUGUGUGUGUGUGUGUGUGCGUGCGUGCGUGUCUAAUGAUUCAGGAGAAAAUGUAUUUAUUUUGUCCCAUUUCCAUCUAUUUGUAAAAAAAAAAGGAAAAAGUCAUUGCCUUAAUGUGAAAACAUUUCAGUUACAAAUGUUUCCUUUUGAGACAUUAUUUUAAUGGUAAAAACCUUCAUGUUUGUUUGAAGACAAAAUAACCUAAAUCAAGUGCAGUAUGAGAAAUGCUGCACUCAUUUUAAAUGCCAAGUUAUUUAUUUGUUUGUUCUUUUUGUUUGUUGUCAGGUUGCCUUUUUAACUCGUCUGUUUCUGUGACUAAACUCGUCUAUAGUUGGGCUUUAAGCGUUCCAUGCGCCACCACCCGUCACGUUUUCCUCGCAGAAACGUGAACUUUGCAGAUGAUUUGCACACGGACCUCAUUGCACUGCAUCGUUUGUACAUUUUUAGAUGUUAGAGCGCGUCGUCUUCUGUCUGCGGACCCCCGUUUGCUUCUUCUCAGAGCAGUGUUGUCAGUCAUUUAUUUGCUGGAAUGUUUAGAAGAACUUUCAAUAAGCAGAGUCUUAAGUCUGGAAUUUAAAAAUGGAACCUUUUUAUGUUGACGUGUUUUCAGUUCAUCCUUAUAAAACAAGUUAGAUUUUUUUCUGCUGGAUUUAGUUCAAACUUUAUUGAACUCUAAGCCUGGAAAAAAAAAACGUAACACGUUUUUUCACAGUGUUUCUUCUUUUGAUUGAUGAAAAAAUGUAUUUGUGGUGCUUUGUGUUGCCUUGGCAUCUCUAAUUUUAGUGGCUCAUCAGAUCAAUGCUUAUAAAAAUACUAUUUAAUGUAUCUUUAUUGUCAUUUUUUAAUGUAAUCCCAGAUGGUAUUAUUCAUCAAAACCACGACUUCCUGGUUUCUUUCUCCUCCACAGAUCUGCACCUGAGCUACAUUAUGCAAUUAAUUGCUUGCAUGGAUUCAGAUUUUGCACAUUGUCUUAAUUUUUAAAAUUUAUUAAUUUUUUUUCUAAAUCUUUUUCUUCAUAAACCAAAAAAAAAAAAAAAACCCUAAAACUUGGACAUUCAGUCACGCACAUUUAUAUCACUUAUGUUUCCUACUAUUUUUCAUACGUUUGUAUAUUUUCUGUGUACGAUAGCAAUAGAGAUAUACUAUCUGGUGUAAAUGCAUGCCUAAAUGAUUUUUCAUUAUUUAAAGAAAAAAAAACAGUUCAGUCUGUGAUUUUUUUUUUUUUUUAGCUGACAGAAAAGAUGCCUUAUUAAACACUGUGGAUCUGUG